GGAGAGGGGAAGCACUGCUGCCAAGGCGCAGGGCCGUCAGACAGAUCUUCGAAGAACAUCUGGUAACCGCGGGUAACACUGUUUGGACAUCUGGUAACCGAAGGUUACACUGCGUCUCUUCCAUCCUGCCGGGUUUCCUGUUAUGCCUCGCUGUACACAGACUAAGACGUGUAGGUUUAUUAUACAUGGUCAUCAGCUGGGGGAAUCGCACCUUGAUUCGUUUUCUUCUGACAUGAAUGGAGCACUUGGUUUCAUUGGGGUUUUCCUCUCCUUUCUCUCCGACACCACUUACGGAGAGGCUACCGUGCCAUUUGCUUGUGGGAAUGAUACUCACCGUUGCCCGGAAAUAUGCAGCUUCUGUAGUGAUAUGUACGGCGCUCCAACAAUGGAUUGCCUGUCAACCCUGAUGGGCCAUUUAUGUCUCAACACUUUUGAGAGUUCAAUGGCGUCACUGAACAGCACUGACUGGUGCAGUUGGGGUAACGUGAGCGGUUUAUACAGUAACCUAAGCCACUGCACAGAGGAGAUGUCUGACUGUCUCAUGAUCCCGUGGCCCAACCCGCUGGUGGAAGAGACCUUUGUGGACAUUCACUCCAGGUUCUUCCAGGAUUGUCCAGAAGAGGAGUUGACCGACCCACCACCAGUCGUCGUCUUGGCCCUGGUGAUAACUCCCAUCUGCCUGAUCCCGGUCAUGGUCGUCCUUGUGGUGUUCAAAACUAAGAAUGGCGAUGGCAGCUACUGAGGAUCUCAAGUCUUGGUUCACAGUCACCGGGAAAAUCACGAUUUUGGACCUAUGCUCUGUCUAUUCUUCCAACUGGAGGACUGCUUGUUCACACGCAGGCUGCUGCCGCCCUUUAAUCUCACCGGUGAGCUUUCAGAGGAGUGACUGUUUCUGACAAGUUUACCUGCACUUCACUUCUCAGAGGAAUUCUGAAACAUCAGCAGCAGAGAAAACCGAUCAAUAGACACUUCUGACCCAGAGUUCAUAAUGUCAUAUUCUGUGGCUGAUCAGCGACAAACUCCCUGGUGUUAACAGACGCUAACUGUGACAAAAUCCUUUGUUAUUAUUAAUUCAUGUACUGUAUCUCAUUAACAAUUUUAAGGAAGAGAGACUGUGACAAAAGAUUUGUUUUCAGCCACCGACUGGAAAUCGGAACACUGAUGGUUUUGGUUACUUCCAAACUGGAUGCACAUGUUCGGAAAACGGCUCUAUUUGAAAUGGAGAACACAAUUUUCUGGUUUAUGAUGACAAAAGCUCUAGAGCUUGCAAAAAUAUAUACUUGUUGACAGUCUGACACCAUUUGUCUUGGUAAAAGACAAGAUUCUGAAAUGAUGACUUAUUGCUGAACUCGUGAACUUAACUCUGCUUUGAGCCACUAAUUAGACGACGUAUUAUUCAAACCAAGGCUGAUCUGGGUACAGGUAUGCGUUCGUUGUUUGAUAUAUGCAAAUGGUCAUCUACGUGUACACAGGGAGAAGAGGAAAAGGAGUAUAGUGUGAUGUAUGGAUGUGGUUAUGUGAGUCAGAGCAUAUGGUUUGGGGGUCAGAGGUUACAGAUGGGACACCAUGAAUGGGUACGCCCAGAGAGGGAGAACUUUUUCCUGGUAUUGUCUAUAUAUAGUAUUGAAUCUUUAAGCACUUUCACUGUGACAAUCCUCACGAUCUUAUGUUGAUGAGCUGAACGAAGUGUAUCUAACGUCUCAAACUAGUGCUGACAAAGGGACAUAUUUAGUCUGUCUGUGCAGCAUAGUGAUAAACACUGAGUGAUGACAAGAAGAUAAGCGUGCUAUCUUUUGCUUGAAUCUUGAUACCCGUGGGUAUGUGUUGUUAUGACGACAAAGCCAUUGUAAGCGCUUUCAGAUUUGGAACCAAAUGUGUAUUUAUAUACUGUGUUAUUUUUCUGCUAUUGUCAGGACUUACCAUGCUGUGAGAACACACCCUGCCUGCUCUCACACCAUGUACUGUAUGUACUUUUAAUAUUUUAUACAAUUAAAUCUACAGUUGGAA